GCCCACAUUCCCGUAGCUGCGUUGAGACCUCCUGGACCGGACAACGAGAUGGGUGCUGGUCAGGGUCGCUCCAGAGAGGGAGGAGAGAAUGGAACGGGUACCCAGAGACUCCAGUUCAACGUAGGAGACCCGCAAGACGAGGAAACGACCGAGGACAAGGAAGACGAGCAGGAUGGUGAAGAUGGGGCUGCAGUAGUUGUGGAGACGACACAGACAAGCUACAUGAGGUCUCAGUCAGUUCCAGCAGGUGGCGGUGGUGGACACCACAUCACAACAACCAGUUCCUUCGCCCACACUGAAAGAAGCCUGAGUGUCCAUGGAGGAGAUGGGGAGUGGAGGGAGACAGCCACGGUGGCCCUGUCUCAGACGUACUCAUUCUCAGUGAGAGACAGGGUCCUCACCGGUCCUCCUGCCUCCUUCCAGAGAGGUCGCAGAAGGUCGUCCAGUUUCCUCGAAUACGUCGGAAGAAGGUUGGGAGGUAACUUUCUCUAUGAGCCAGAGGACAUGAUGGAGGGAGAGAUGGUGGACAGUGGAGGAGGAGGAGAGAGGGAGGGAGGGGAGUGUCUGCGGUGCAAGCUGAGUCCUCCGGUACAGAGCACUCUUCGCAAAAUCUUUGACGGAAUAGCUCCAGAGGAGGUAGUGGACUAUCAUGUACAUCUGGUGGGUCAUGGAACUCGGUUCUUGCUGCUACCUUCAUGACUCUACUAAAACGUGGAGGUAUCCUCUGAGGAGGAUAAAGACGCAGUGUUCAUGGCUGCAGCCCAGAGCCCUGACAUGGAGGGUGGUGAUCUCCAGUACAUCUCGAGACUCAUACGACUGGCCAGACACUUUGUCCCUGCAGCCGUCUUUGACCCUACCAGAAGUGGUUAUCGCUCGGGGACACUGUGUCUGCUGGCCUUCGACAAGUUCUACGAGAAGAACGGCUCACCAGACAGGAACAAGACGACCAUGUACAUCCCCAACGAGUAUGCAGUUCAAAUAGCGGUCGAGUUCCCGGACCUGUUUGUCCCGUUUGGCUCGGUCAACCCCUAUCGUCACGACGCCAUCCAGGAGCUAGAGAAAUGUGCUCAGUUGGGUGUCACCAUCAUCAAAUGGCUGCCCAACUCUAUGGGGAUCGACCCUUCAGAUGAGCAGUGUGUUCCUUUCUACAUGAAGAUGAAUGAACUAGGAAUGGCACUGCUGGUUCACAUAGGAGAAGAACAUGCAGUUAACGCGGCCUACAUCAACAACAGACUUGGAAACCCUCUACUACUGAGGAGGGCGCUUGACUGUGGUGUAAAGGUCAUUGGAGCUCACUGUGCUACUGAAGGAAUGUCAGCUGAUCUCGACAAUGGCGGAGUGACUGUCUCCUGUUUCAGCCUCUUUCUCAGACUCAUGAGAGAAGACAAAUACAAGGGACUAUUAUUUGGUGACAUAUCUGCCACGUGUGGCUUCAAAAGACUACCAUACUUGAAGCAGCUACUACAAGCCACAGACAUCCACGACAGACUGGUGUAUGGUUCAGAUUACCCUGUACCUGCCAUCAACCUGGUGGUCCAUACUUCAAAACUGCUCCGGUAUUCUAUACACCACACUAUAUUCUAUCAAGCAUAUAUAGUACACACAGUACUCCAGCCCUUCCUUACUCUCCCUCUCCCUCUUCUUACUCUCCCUCUCUCCUCCACCAGACAAGGGUUCAUUACGCAGGAAGAGGCCUCCGUCCUAAACGAACUCUACAACUACAACCCUCUGCUGUUUGACUUUGCCUGCAAGAGACUAGUGAGAGGACCUUCGGGAGAGAAGUUCCCUCCUCAGGUCUUCAAGGCCCACCCCCUCCUACCUCCGUUCAGACAUGAAUCUAAACUACUGGGAUCACCAGUGUAGAGCCGUCUUAGCUGUGGCAGAGACUAUACAGGUUGAUUCUAGUGCUUUUUAUUACGCGUGUCAUGCUGUACAUCAAGUAUUUUGCUGUGGAUGUAAAGUAUUACGGUGACACACAAUGACUUGUAGGUGAC